GGAGAGAGUCACUGUUGGUGAUGCGGAGCUCCAGAUCUGCCUUCACUUCACCGCCGGACGGACGGAUCUCUCUCUAGUACCGCUGCUGCUGCUGCUGCUCGGUGCUGCUGCUCGGAGCAGCGCGCUGGGGACUAACGAGGAUUUGAAUUUGAACCGUUGUCAUGACAGCCGGCAGACGGAACUUUACGCCUGGAGCCAGCAGGUGAGUCUACGAGGCUAACUACACCUAACGGAGCAUUUGAAACCAGUUUGUCUCCCCCUCCCAACUCCACUUGUUGGAGUUGAUGUGGCACUAAACAGGCAGUCACACCACGGAGACAUACUGAUGCGUAAUUUGGAUAUAAAAGCCCUGUCCGUCGGCAUGGCGACAGAAGUUUUGUGUCAGUUGGCGGUGAUGUUUGUCGGCCGGUAGCAGCUCGUUGCAUCAGAUCACAUUACACAGGAGCGGCAUGGGGAACCAGAUGGACAAGCUGUCUCAUCUAAGUUACGCAGAAGUUCCCACGGUGGACCCGAACGGAGUGGACACGGAGGACUGUCCGCGCAUCGGCGUCUCGUACAUCUUCUCCAACGACGACGACGAGCUGGAGGACGUCUGCGCUGUCGACGGCUCCGAUAGAGAGCCGAAGAACCAGGAAGAGAAGCAGUACGACCAGAGAGACGAGGUGGAGUGCUCCGUGUACUACAGAGACGAGUGCAUCUACGAGAAGAGCGGCAAGUGCAACAACCUGGAGGUUUACUCUCCGGAGAAUCUACUAAACAAGUGCAAAGCGGGUGAUUUGGUGGAGUUUGUGGCUACAGGUCAGUUCCCACACUGGGCUGUGUACGUUGGAGACUUCCAGGUGGUGCAUCUGCACAGAGCCGAGGUGAAAAACAGCUUUCUGACGGAUGCAAGUCAAGGCAGGAGGUGUAGGAUUGUGAACGAGUUGUACACAUUCAAAGCUCUGGGUGCAGAUAUGGUUGUGCAGAAUGCGAUGGAGCAGGUGGGAUUAAAGGAUGGAGAGCUGAGCUGGAGGAACUCUGAGGGUUUUGCAGCCUGGUGCAGGUUUGGCAAGAGGGAGUUCAAGAUGGGAGGGGAGAUCCGGAUAGGCAAACAGCCCUACAGGUUGAAAAUAUGCAUGUCUGAUAAACAUUCGCACAUGCUGGAGUUUCAGAGCUUGGAGGACAUGAUCAUGGAGAAGAGGAGGAACGAUCACCUGGGCAGGACAGCAGUGUUGCAGGAGCUGGCCACUCACUUCAGCAGCGUGGAGGAGAUAAAGAGUGAGCCAGGAGCUGACUGAUGAUGGGAUGCUCCUCAAAAUAAACUGCUUUUGCAAAGUAGAGUAGCCUUUACCAAACAUAAACUGUUACACCCCCUGCUUUAAUCUAUAGCAAGCCUUCACUCCUUCAUUUUUUUAUUAUUAUUAAAGGGACAGUUUGUAACUUUCAGAAAUGCUUGUUAACAGCGACACCUGUGGCCGCUAAAUCAACAGGAAGUCAGCGUCGGGCUAGCGCUUGUGCUCGCUCUACAUAG